UGUGUUUUGGGAGGAGGCGCUAAAUAUUUACGGGAAUCUGCAGCAGCCCAAUGGAGGAGUUGAGAGAGGGAUGCAUUCCUAAUGAGUAGGAACUACCAGCCUGGUUGCUUCGCUUUGGACGCGUCGUCCUUUGUGCUCAGAGGUGGAGCCAAGCUGACAUAUCUUCGGCUCCAACAACAACAAAAAGCGGACGAACUUUGAAUCUGACAAUAAAAGCUGGGAGCUGAUUAUUUUAAGGCUUUUUCUUUUUUAUGACGGUCCAACCAAUAAUACUGAAGCUGCAGACCUUCUGGCGAGAUUUCAAUGAUGCUCGGAGAGGAGAGGGAUCUCUGAGCGCAUAGAGGGCAGCAUGUCUGUCUGCAGAGAGGGGACAGCGAAGCUAAGGAGACUUUUAUUGCUGCUUUGUUAGAAGCAUUUAUUUUCUCUACAUGAGAAUUAGAGAGAAUGUCAACGCUUGACAUGUGCGUGUUUCCACGGAUUUCCUCUACGUGACCCCGGACUCGUUCGGAUGCGCCAGGACGCCGCCGCUGCCGGUUCUUUCAGUUCGGAUGCUGACGCCCUGCCUUCUAAAAAAAACAUAGCAGUUAAGGCAAAGCAUUGAUUUUGCGAGGGAAGCCUCUGCUUACUUCAUUACGCCAUGGAUGACUCGGGAAUAAUAAGGCGCCGCAGGCUGCAGCAGGAUUUGCCGCUGCCUCGCAAAAACAGCAGUUGCCGCACAAGCAACAGGAAGAGUCUGAUCCUGACAACCACUUCUCCCACGUUGCCUCGCCCUCAUUCCCCCCUUCCCCUCCCAGGACACAUUGGAAGCAGCCCACUGGACAGCCCCAGAAACUUCUCCCCGAGCAACCCUGCACACUUCUCGUUCGCCUCUUCCAGAAGAGCGGAUGGGAGAAGAUGGUCUUUAGCAUCUUUACCCUCCUCUGGAUAUGGCACCAACACCCCCAGCUCAACGUCCUCCAGUUCCUCUCAGGAGAGGCUGAACCAGCUGCCCUCCCAGCCCACCAUGGACGAGCUCCACUUCUUAUCCAAGCACUUUGGCAGCACUGAGAGCAUCACAGAUGACGACGGGGGCCGCUGCUCCCCCCACAUGCGCCCGCGCUCCCGCAGUCUCAGCCCGGGGCGCUCCUCCUCCUGCUAUGACAAUGAGAUCGUCAUGAUGAACCAUGUGUACAAAGAACGCUUUCCAAAGGCCACAGCACAGAUGGAGGAGAGGUUGGCUGAGUUCACCCAGGCUUUCUCACCCGAAAGCGUUCUUCCGCUGGCCGACGGAGUCCUCAGCUUCAUCCAUCAUCAGAUAGCAGAGCUGGCCAGAGACUGCCUGGCAAAAUCACGCGAGGGCCUCAUCACCUCCGUCUACUUCUUUGAACUGCAGGAGAAUUUAGAGAAGCUUCUCCAUGAUGCCUUCAAACGCUCGGAAAGCUCAGAAGUAGCCUUUGUCACAGAGCUGGUGAAAAAGCUUCUUAUCAUCAUCUCCCGACCCGCAAGGCUUUUAGAGUGUCUGGAGUUUAAUCCAGAGGAGUUUUACCAUCUCCUGGAGGCAGCAGAGGACCAUGCCAAGGAGGGUCAUCUAAUGAAAACUGACAUUCCUCGUUACAUCAUCAGCCAGCUGGGUCUGACAAGAGAUCCGAUUGAAGACAUGGUGAACCUGGAAAGCUAUGACAGCGAGGGGCCAGUAACGCCUGAAACAGAUGACUCAACAGAGGGAAAGAUCCGAGCAAUGAAACCACCAGGAGAAGCAGACUUCCAAACCAUCAAGCUGAUCAGUAACGGAGCGUACGGGGCUGUGUAUUUGGUGCGUCAUUUGGAGACACGUCAACGGUUUGCCAUGAAGAAAAUCAACAAGCAAAACCUGAUCCUGAGGAACCAAAUCCAGCAAGCCUUUGUGGAAAGGGACAUCCUCACUUUUGCAGAGAAUCCCUUUGUUGUCUCCAUGUUCUGUUCUUUCGAAACUCGACGGCAUCUCUGCAUGGUGAUGGAGUAUGUGGAAGGAGGGGACUGUGCCACUCUGCUGAAGAACAUUGGGGCUCUGCCUGUGGAAAUGGCACGCAUGUACUUCGCAGAGACCGUCCUUGCAUUGGAGUACCUACACAACUAUGGUAUCGUACACCGUGACCUCAAGCCUGACAACCUCCUAAUAACAUCAAUGGGACACAUCAAGCUGACGGAUUUUGGUCUGUCUAAGAUUGGCCUGAUGAGUCUGACCACUAACCUGUAUGAGGGGCACAUAGAGAAGGAUACACGGGAGUUUUUGGAUAAACAGGUGUGUGGAACUCCAGAGUACAUCGCUCCGGAGGUGAUUCUCCGUCAGGGUUAUGGGAAGCCUGUGGACUGGUGGGCUAUGGGCAUCAUCCUGUAUGAGUUCCUGGUGGGUUGUGUGCCUUUUUUUGGAGAUACUCCAGAAGAGCUAUUUGGACAAGUCAUCACAGAUGACAUAGCGUGGCCAGAAGGAGACGAGGCUCUUCCUGUGGAUGCUCAGCACCUGAUCUCCUCUCUGCUGCAGACAAAUCCUCUGGCGCGACUUGGCACAGGUGGUGCUUUCGAGGUCAAGCAGCACUCGUUCUUCACAGAGGUGGACUGGAACAGCCUGCUGAGACAGAAAGCAGAGUUCAUCCCUCACCUUGAGUCAGAGGAAGACACCAGUUAUUUUGACACCCGGUCUGAGCGCUACCAUCACGUGCAGUCAUAUGACGAAGAUGACACCAACGACGAUGAGCCGGUGGAGAUCCAUCGCUUCUCGUCGUGCUCUCCUCGCUUCAGCAAGGUGUACAGCAGUAUGGAGCAUCUGUCCCAGCUGGAGCACAAACCCCACACUGUGACUCUACGGGAGCACAAGGUCCACAGGGAGGACCGGGUUACCAAACGAGAAAGCUUAGGGAGUGUCACCCUACGAGACAAGAGCUGGAGGACCAGCUCCCCGGAAAUGAAGCGUCUGUCCUGCUCAGAGUCCUUCUUCACUGAAAGCGACUCUAGUCCACCGUCCGGAGCCCGCAGGCGCUUCUCCGCUCUCAUGGAUAUGAGCCGCUUCGCCUCACCUCAGGAGCUGGACACGGAGCCAUCAGGUCCAGGAAAGCAGCCUCCUGUGAAAACCAGAGGCGCCUCCCUGGAAGGGGCUGCCCCCUCUCAUGGAGACCUGAGAACAUUCCUUAAAGAUGGGAACGGCCACACAGCAGCAGGUAGGGUCCCGCCCACCCUAACCCAUUUGAUCCAUACUUUCUAGAAGCAUUUCUUUUAAGUUUGGGUUCAUGGUUCUGCUUUUUUCACAGACAAAGUUUUGAGACCUGAGUCAUCGUUGCCGCUGCCAGGCAGCACAAGCAGUCUGGGACUGCCUGAUCUUCAGGGGCCCCGUGGGGCCGCUACAGACCUGGUACUGCGAAGGGUUCGACACCAGCAGCUGUCGUCUGAAGGAGAAAAGCAUAGCUCACGUCCAGGGACUAAAGUCAUCAAAUCUGCUUCAGCUACUGCGCUGUCUGUCAUCAUUCCAGCAGUGGAGCAGCACGGUGCCUCCCCGCUGCCCAGCCCCAUGUCUCCUCGCUCCCUCUCGUCCAAUCCCUCCUCCCGGGACUCCUCUCCAAGCAGAGAUUUCUGUCCCAUGGUGAACGUUCUGCACUCUCCGAUCACCAUCCACCGCUCUGGCAAGAAGUAUGGUUUCACCCUCCGAGCAAUCCGCGUGUACAUAGGAGACAGUGACGUCUACAGCGUGCACCACAUGGUCUGGCAUGUCGAGGAUGGAGGUCCUGCUCAGGAGGCUGGACUCAAAGCUGGGGAUCUCAUUACUCAUGUAAACGGCGAGUCAGUCCAUGGUCUUGUCCAUACAGAAGUAGUGGAGCUCAUCCUGAAGAGUGGAAACAAGGUCACAGUCACAACCACUCCCUUUGAGAACACCUCCAUAAAAGUAGGGCCCGCCCGCAAGUCCAGCUACAAAUCCAAAAUGGCGCGUCGCAGCAAAAGGACGGGAGUCAAGGAGGGACAAGAUAAGAAACGCAGCUCGCUCUUCAGGAAGAUCACAAAGCAGUCCAGCCUUCUCCAAACAAGUCGCAGCCUCUCCUCCUUGAAUCGUUCGCUGUCUUCCGGAGACAGCCUGCCAGGAUCCCCCACCCACAGCUUCUCCGCCCGCUCUCCUACACAAAGUUACCGCUCUACUCUGGAAUCCCCAUAUCUGGGCACGUCGUCCCAGAGCAGCUCUCCGGCAUCAAGCACCCCAAACUCCCCUGCUACCUCCCACCACAUGAGGCCCAGCUCCCUGCACGGCCUUUCCCCCAAACUCCACCGCCAGUACCGCUCUGCGCGCUGCAAAUCCGCUGGUAACAUCCCACUGUCCCCUCUGGCUCACACCCCGUCCCCGACCACGUCUUCUCCUCCGCCUCUUACGGGCCACACGGUGGGUAGCUCCAACACCACCCAAACGUUCCCUGCCAAGCUCCACUCCUCGCCUCCCGUUGCCCGUCCUCGUCCCAAGAGUGCUGAACCGCCCAGGUCCCCCCUUCUGCAGCGGGUGCAGUCUGCAGAAAAGCUCGGGGGGCCCAUCCUACCCUCCUCCUCUUCAUCAUCGUCAACACCUUCCCCUUUGACGGGAGGGGUGUCAUUGCGUAAGCAUAGUCUGGAGGUGUCCCAUGGGGACUACAGACGAGAGUCCUUCCACUGUGAACACAGCCUGCAAAGUUUGUUAGAGAUAGAAGGAGAGAACGGACCGGCUCCUCCCUCUCCAUCAUCUUCUUCCUCCCCUUCUCCUCCAAUGGGAGCAGACAUUGGAGGCCUGAGCCAUGUGAGGAGGCUGGGAAGGCAGGAAUCCCUACUCAGCAGAGACACAAUUGUGACAGCAAAGGAAAAAGACUCUAGAACAUCAGCACCUGAGCCCUCUGGGUUGCAAAGUGCAGUUCCUCCAGCAGAUGUUGAUAAAAGCAAACCGUCAACCAAAGAGGCUGCAGGGGGCAAUGGAAUCACGAAUGCAGCUGAAAUGAAGUCUAUUACCUUAUCUGCGGACAUCAAAACAGGCUCUGGUAUCAAACAGGUAAGCGUAAAAGCAUUAACUUCAGAGGCAACAGCCUUUCAGACCAAAGCCACUGAGAAGAGCUUAACUCCAGGCACAUCUAGGCUGCACAGCGCACAGAUCGAAGAGGGGCGUGCUACUAAAGCUCAGGAGAAGACGGAAGGAAAAGAAAAAGGCACUUUGGUUGUAGAGAAAGAAAAUGUGCAGAAAACAGCAACCAUUGAGCAAUUCAGGCAGCGUAAAGGCUCAGAGACCGGAGAUAAAGAAGGAAUAGGCGGAAACGUCAGAGCGACUGAUGCAACCAAGGCCAAAGUACCUUUAUUCCCUGGUCCAACUCAGACACACCCUGCAUCCAGACACAGAGCGGAGAGGUCAGCGAACGGGAACUGUGGGAUCAAAGAGGAGAAGACACAGCUGGAAGUCCUGGAGGAAAACCCAGCAUCUCCUUCAUCCAACGCAGCGUCCCCCUGCUCAAACAAGUCCCGGUCCAUGUCUCCGGGGGACAAAACCAGCUUCGUCACCCAGCUCACAACCGUGGCUAAAACAGUACUCGGACCCAUUAAAGGAGGGUCUCAAGAAGGCGGGAAGAUGAAAGACACGUCAAAGUCAGGUGAGGAGAAGAAGGGAAGCACGGCGGGGAAAGCAGAGGCCUCAUCUACGGGGGGCCGCCGGGGGCCUCAGGGCUCCACCGCAGCCGCUGUUCACUCUGAUAAAGGUAACAUUCGAAGCUCUAAACAUCACUCAUGAUGCAAAAGCCUCUGAAACUCAAAGAGUAUCCCAUGUAAUGCCUUUAACUGUAGCAUCAGACUGAAAUGUCAUGAAUUUGUAUGAUGCAAAGAGAAAAAUGCCUGAACAAAAUAAAAUAGAAAAUUUAAAAGGAGUAAAAAAGAGCUCAGCAAUGAUCAGCUACUCUUGAGAAAUGUGCACAUGGUUUGUUGAUGUAGAGCUGUGUAUGUACUGUAUGCUCAUCUCCACGUGGUGUAUAUUGUAUAAAAAAAAAAAGCAUAUGUCUUUAAUGCAUGUCUUACAGAGAAUGGAAGACCAUUUAAAAAGAGGAAACUUAUCAUUCAGACCUUGAGAUAGAAAACACUGUGAACAAUGUUUCAACUUGUCAAGCAGACUUUUGACUGUGUUGACAGUAGGAUUCUGUUAGAAAAGGGCAUUACUUGCAUUUUAGCUGAGUUUAGCUGAAGUUAUUCAGUUCUUUGCUGUAUUUAUUUGAAAUUCAGGUCCAAAAAAGCUGAAUGAGGAACCAGCAGAUUGAGUUUUAAUGCCUGACACACAUAGGAUUACAGUGCCUUGCAAAAUGCCCCUUGAAAUGUGUCACAGCUUUUUGCACAUGUGGAGAAUGAUAGUUCCUCCCAAUUUCUUUUGCAAAAUAGCUUACCGGGUACCUUCCAUCAGACUGGAUUGAGAACAACUAUUUUUCUUGAAUUGGAUUUUCUUGAGUUGAAUUUCAGGUUUGCCAUCUUCUUUCCGAAAAAUCUGUUACCACUGCUGCAGGAUCAUUUCAAGCUUUUUUCAUUGUCUAGCAGGUUUUCUUCCUGUUAUUUGCUGUCUUUUCAUAAACUCUUAUCAGCCAUGCUAAACAAAAUAAUGCCCCUCUAUGUUGUUGACAGCAUGUUUUUUGGAUUGGGUGUUCAGUUUUAGGUCAAGUGUUUGUUUUCAUCAGAGAUGGCAAAAGUACUCACUUUCCGUACUUGAGUAAAAGUACAGAUACUUGUGUUAAAAAAUACUC